CAGAAGGCGCCCGCCAGCGACCGGCUUUUUAGAUCUUCUGGAAAGCCUAGAUUCGGAUGCCUUCUUAUUAUCUGUCCGACGCUUCAUCUCAAGACGAGGCAAACCAUACGAGCUGCUUUGUGACAACGGCACUAAUUUUGUCGGAGCCGAUCGGGAGUUGCAAGAAGCCUUUUCCGACAUGGGCCCGCAGUUACAGGAGCAGUUGGCUAGCCAAAGGAUCCACUUCCGAUUCAAUCCACCUAGCGCCCCUCACUUCGGAGGAACGUGGGAGCGAGAGGUGAAAUCCGUGAAGACAGCCCUAAAAGUAAUUCUGAAAGAGCGGUCUGUGCCAGAACCUGUCCUUCACACCCUCCUUGUGGAAACUGAAGGGAUACUGAAUGCUAAGCCACUUGGUUAUGUUUCUUCGGACAUCGCCGACCCUGACCCCAUAACACCGAAUCUCCUUCUUAUGGGACGUAGGGACUCUUCACUACCCCAGGUGUAUUACGACUCGCAUAACCUGCUGGGAAGGAGGAGAUGGAGACAUAGUCAGAUCUUAGCCGACAACUUUUGGACCACCUUUAUCCGACAGUACCUGCCCAGUCUCCAGGAGCGCCAAAAGUGGCGGACUGAUGGCAAGGAACUCGACACAGAGCAAGUCGUGCUCAUUGUGGACCCUCAGCUGCCACGGGCCCUCUGGCCUGUGGGCACUGUUAUGGAGACCUUUAAAGGACCAGACGGACGUGUUCGCACUGCGGCCAUAAAGGUCAAAGGUAAGACCUACAUCCGUCCUGUUGCCCGGCUGAUCCCGCUCCCCAAGUGCACUGAAGAGGAUCAGGACUCUUCUGCUGGCCUUUCUAACUGAUUACAAAUGUCACAUCUGACA